AUGUUCGAAGACUUCUCCUUCACCUCACCGUCCUCGCGACCAUCUCGCCUCGCCCUCGACGCCGACGAUCGCCUAAUGGUCGACACCGACAGCAACCUCAUAUCCCCGCUCUCCUCCCGCUGUCCCUCCCCCCAAUCCCAACGCUUCCGCAACAUCCCCCGCCCCCGCUCAACCCACUUCCACCGCAACCAACCGCCAACCUCCGUCCCCUUCCCCUACGAAGACCACAAACGCCUCUCCAUCUCAACCCUAACCCAGAAACUGCACGAACACACCCUCGCCUCGCCAACCGAAACCCGACCCCAGCAAGCCGGCCCUCCCCACAGCAAUUCCCACACCCGUCGCAGAUACCAAGGCUACGUCCUGACCCCACCAGACACAGACCACUCCGACGACUCGGGCGUCGACUGUCUCUCCUCCCCCUCCGCCUCUUCAAUAACUACCAGUCCAACCUUCCUACCGCCAGACCUCCUCUCCGACUGCCCGGAACUAAGUCUGAACGCAAACGCAAACGCCGGUGUGGGCCUCGGCCUCCCUUUCAACCCCCAAUCCAAACAAUCUCAUUCCCAGUACCAAGACAUCCGUCUCCAACGCCAACAGAUCUCCCAGCUCCAAUGCAACCAGCUCGAAGUCGAGGCCAUGCAGCGCUCGCUAAUGGAUGAAUCCGCUGAUUUCGAGUGCGCGCGCGACGAGGAUGAUUGUCAUCCUAGCUCUUUGCCGCCGCGGGCUUCGCCGAGACGGAGGGCGUUGACGCUUGCUAGGAGUCGGUUUGGGCCUGAGGGACAUGGGAAUGGGAAUGGCGAGGGGAGGGGCAGACGGAAGAGUUCUGUUGGGGCUGUGUUGUCGAGUCGGGUUGAGAAGAGUCAUUUCGGGGGGAAGAGGGGGGAGCAGGGACUGGGCUUGAGGAGGAAGAGUCUUGUUAGUGCGGCUUUGGCCAGUAUGGCCAUUGAGGAGUAG